CUGGCGCCGCGUGAGUCCCCCACUGGCGGCUCUGAAAAGCCAUCUUUGCAUUGUUCCUGGGUCCGGCUUCCUCCUCGUCGCAACCACCUCCGCCGCGCUCCUCCUCCGCCGCUGCGGACUCCGGCAGCUUUAUCGCCAGGGUCCCCGAACUCUCGCUUUCUUUUCUAUCCCCCGCAUCGGAUCACCGACGUGCCCCACCAUGUCAGACACAGCGGUGGACACCAGCUCCGAGAUCACCACCAAGGACUUAAAGGAGAAGAAGGAAGUUGUGGACGAGGCAGAGAAUGGAAGAGACGCCCCUGCUAAUGGGAACGCUGAGAAUGAGGAAAAUGGGGAGCAGGAGGCUGACAAUGAGGUAGAUGAAGAAGAGGAAGAAGGUGGGGAGGAAGAGGAAGAGGAGGAAGAAGGUGAUGGUGAAGAAGAGGAUGGAGAUGAAGAUGAGGAAGCUGAGGCCACCACGGGCAAAAGGGCAGCUGAAGAUGAUGAGGAUGAUGAUGUUGAUACCAAGAAGCAGAAGACUGAGGAGGAUGACUAGACAGCAAAAAAGGAAAAGUUAAACU